CGCGCCGCCAGCUGAGGCCCCGCCCCCCGGCGGACGUCAGACGUGCGCGGGGGCGGGGCUGCGGGCGGCGCGGCUGCGCAUGCGCCCUCAUUGCAUCAGCCCCGGGCGGCGCCGCGGCGGGGACGCGCACGGGCCGUGUUCCUGGGGGGCCUCUCGCGCCGGGGGUGGCGGCGCCCCGGACCGAGGAUGGCGGGGCCGGAGUGAGUGUGCCCGCCGGCUGCGCCUGUGGAACCCGGCCUCCCUGCCCGCCGGCCGCGCCUGGGGAGCCCGGCCUCCCUGCCCGCCGGCCGCGCCUGGGGAGCCCGGCCUCCCUGCCCGCCGGCCGCGCCUGGGGAGCCCUAGGCGGGCCCGCCCCCCCCCAGACCCCGCGCCCCGGCCCCCAGGCCCGCGCCAUGAAGCUGCUGCGGAAGGACAUCGAGAAGGACAACGCGGGCCAGGUGACGCUGGUGCCCGAGGAGCCGGAGGACAUGUGGCACACCUACAACCUGGUGCAGGUGGGCGACAGCCUGCGCGCCUCCACCAUCCGCAAGGUGCAGACCGAGUCGGCCACGGGCAGCGUGGGCAGCAGCCGCGUGCGCACCACGCUCACGCUGUGCGUGGAGGCCGUGGACUUCGACUCGCAGGCCUGCCAGCUGCGCGUGAAGGGCACCAACCUGCAGGAGAACGAGUACGUCAAGAUGGGCGCCUACCACACCAUCGAGCUGGAGCCCAACCGCCAGUUCACGCUGGCCAAGAAGCAGUGGGACAGCGUGGUGCUGGAGCGCAUCGAGCAGGCCUGCGACCCGGCCUGGAGCGCCGACGUGGCGGCCGUGGUCAUGCAGGAGGGGCUGGCGCACGUGUGCCUGGUCACGCCCAGCAUGACGCUCACGCGCGCCAAGGUGGAGGUCACCAUCCCGCGCAAGCGCCGCGGCCACUGCGGCCAGCACGACCGCGCGCUGGAGCGCUUCUACGACCAGGUGGUGCAGGCCAUCCAGCGCCACGUCCACUUCGACGUGGUCAAGUGCGUCCUGGUGGCCAGCCCGGGCUUCGUGCGCGAGCAGUUCUGCGACUACAUGUUCCAGCAGGCGGUGAAGACGGACAACAAGGUGCUGCUGGAGAACCGGGCCAAGUUCCUGCAGGUGCACGCCUCCUCCGGACACAAGUACUCCCUGAAGGAGGCGCUGUGCGACCCCGCGGUGGCCAGCCGCCUGGCGGACACCAGAGCCGCCGGGGAGGUGAAGGCCCUGGACGACUUCUACAAGAUGCUGCAGCACGAGCCCGACCGCGCCUGCUACGGCCUCAGGCACGUGGAGAAGGCCAACGAGGCGCUGGCCAUCGACACGCUGCUCAUCAGCGACGAGCUCUUCCGGCACCAGGACGUGGCCGCCCGCAGCCGCUACGUGCGGCUGGUGGACAGCGUGCGGGAGAGCGCGGGCACCGUGCGCAUCUUCUCCAGCCUGCACGUGUCCGGCGAGCAGCUCAGCCAGCUCACCGGCCUGGCCGCCGUCCUCCGCUUCCCCGUCCCCGAGCUCUCGGACCAGGAGGACUCCAGCUCCGAGGAGGAUUGACGGCGGGGCCGGCACUCGGAGAGCCCUGUGCCCCUGCCCGGCACCUGCCCGGCACCUGCCCGGCAGCCGGAGCAGAAGCCGCCGGAGCAGUCUGUGCGGUGCCCGCGGGCCGGCCACGCACCCGUCACGCGGGUGGUCUGUGGCUGGCGGGACGGGUAUUUAAAGCGGAACAAUAAAUUAAAGGAAUAAUCUCCACGCACUUCCGCUUUCAUUGAUUAGGAUGAUUUGACCUCGGAAUCAUGAGUUGGCUGUACUGGGAAACGCUGUGUGUAUUUAUAAGAAUCCUGUGUGUCCUUGGGGUGGAUCGUGAAGCCCAUGCUUCCUGCCUGGAAAUCGUUUUCCUCAGGAAACGCUCCUCAUGCUUCCUUAUCCUCAUUCACACUCUUUAUUUGGCUUCUGCCUGGUGGUCCCGCUCCAUGUGUGUUGGAUCGCUUCCUCCCCACUUGCCCGACCGUCCUUUAAAAAAAAAAAAAAAAGGCUAUUUCCAAUGAUAGCCAAAUAGUAGCCCUUUUUGAAGGCAAAUUUAACAUGUUUUUUUCCUUAAAGAAAACCCCAGAGUUGUUUCAACAUGAUUGGCUUAACAAGUCUCUUAGUUAGGGUUCACUGUAGUCGCUUCAGAGGGCCUCUGAACCAGUUUUUUAUACGGCGCGAAGCAUGGUCUGCGAGGGCCUCUCAGUCAUCUGUCCAGGCGCCCUCUUUUCCACAUGAGACCGUCGGUCUGAUUGGCUGGCGAGGGCUAAUGAGUGGCGAUAGGAAGGAGUCCCCCAGUCUGGACCCAUUUGCUUGCACUGCCACACUGUCUUUUUUGGCCUGUCAUAGUGAUACUUAACGCUGUGUCUGUGUGUUUUCACAUUAUUACUGGACUUCCUCUACAUCCUGUUACUUUUUUUUUUUUUAAUGUGCAAUUCUAAUCACUAAGAAGGGAGCCUUGUUGUACUUGCAGCUUGACCCUUUAUAAUCCUCAGUUUAGCAAUAAUGAGGAAAAGCCUUAUGAGGAAAGAGUGAUAAUUCAUUUGUAACCCAGGAUCAACUUGCCUACCUCAAGUAGGGACUGACACUAAGUAAACUUUUUCAUCCUCCUUCUUGAGCCUGGGUCUUCCUGCUGGUGUGAGGACCGGGUUUGGGAAUUAUUUCCUAAAACUUCCCAGCUAAUCUGAGCUUUUUAUUUGUAAUUAGGAAUAGAUAUCUCCAUAGACCUUAAAUUCACAUUUUUACACACCUACGUCCUUUAAAAUAAAUCAGAUUGUCAUUUCAUUACAACUCCUUGAAUAUUUAACUUUCAAAUACGUUUUUAAGUCCUGUGAUAGAGGUAUAUAAAUGAAGACACCCAGAUUAUGAAUUUAAAAACUCGACUGACAAUGAGUCAUACUCUCAGGUUUUGGAGAUUUGGGGCACCUGUUACUCUCAUAAUCUAUGCAGAAUGCUCAUUCUGGGCUCUUCUCCCCAGAAAUAGAAGUUAGGGAAAAGAAAGCCUGCUGGUAAUCUAACCCAGUGGUCGGCAAACUAAUUAGUCAACAGAGCCAAAUAUCAACAGGAGAUUAGAAUUUCUUUGGAGAGCCAAAUUUUUUAAACUUCUAAUGCCACUUCUUCAAAAUAGACUCACCCAGGCCAUGGUAUUUUGUGGAAGAGCCAUACUCAAGGUGCCAAAGAGCCACAUGUGGCUCAUGAGCCGCAGUUUGUCGACCACGGAUCUAACCGGUCCAUCUUGGGCCACAGCUUCUCAAAUUUAGCUGCUUGGGAGUCAGAAACUCAGUACCCAGACUGGACCUUUUACCACUAGAAAUGCUAUGUUUUGGGUUUUGUUUUUUUUUUUAAGCUUUCCAGGUGAUCCCAAUAGACCUCAGGGCUAAGAACCACUGACUCAGGCCUUAUAUUCAAGUGUGGUCCAUGGGCCAGCUGCAUCUGCUGAGGAAGUUCCAGAAAUUAGAAUCCAGGUCUCUACCUACACCUACCUCUACUGAGUUGCAGUCCAGUUUAAGGCUAUCUCCAGUUGAUUACUAUAUGUAACUAUAAAACUUCUUUAAAAGAAAGCAUGUUUUUAUGUCUAUAAAGUACUUAAAAUAUCCAUAAGGAUUCCUAUUUUUAAAACUCCAUUUUAUACCGUUACCAAAGGAUAUGAAUUUUCCUAGAUGCAUAGGUAGAAAUGUCAGAAUAGUGAUAGGAGCAUAGAAAAUAAAAAGCUUAAUUUUUAAAUCAUAUUCUGAAGAGCAGAAUGGACCAUAAUUCUUUGGAAACUGCUCUGUAGUCUAAUUCCAUCUGCUGCUCAUGAAUGGGGAAAGACCAUGUGGAGCAGAUGGAAGCCCUGCCGUGACAUACCUCUCCACACAGCGUGUGCUCUGUCCAUUUCCACUGGCCACCGGCUCCUGUGAAGGAGGAUUGGGAACCCCACUGGGCACAGCAGCGAGGCGCUGGCAAGUUUGUUUCAUCUCACUGGGUCUGACACGUGUCAGAUGGCAUUUUGCUGUUUCUGCCCGGCUAUUAAGUGUUAGACGUUUUUCUCAUCUCAUGCCUGGGUUCCAGACUCUGGGUGUCACUCCCAUUACUCCGUUAGAGACAGGUCGGACCUUCCUCCUCUCCGGGGCCGUUUCCUUUUCUAAGCCUCUGCUCAGUUCUGUCCACCCCAGUUUCUCUGUACCAGACGUUGAGUCAUCGUUUCCACAGUUCAGGUAUUCUGGAACUGAAACCCUCUUGGUUGCUAACAAUAAAAGUCCACAGAUGA